AUGUUUUUCCAGGUUCUUAUGAUUUCGAAUGUUAUUAUUAUUUUCUUUAUUUUGCCAAUAAUCAAUGCAGAGAAAUUGUCAUUAUGUGAUCCAUUAAAUAAUAUUGAAGGUAUUGAAACUUAUAGGAAUAAUACCGAAAUAAAAUCACAACAUCUACAUGCUCUUUGUAAUACUAUUUAUCCAUCUCGAGCGCUAACUGAUAAUGAUGAUUUAUAUGCAAUACCAGAUUUUGAUUUAACUCAAAUUGAAUCAGACAAUGAUGUUAAUCAAAUACUAAAACGAUUUCGUCGAGGUCGUGGAGGUGGUGGUGGUGGUGGUAGUCGUGGAGGUGGUGGCGGUAGCCGAGGAGGCGGUGGUGGUCGAUUUAGUAGUAGUUUUAGUAGAAGUAGCAGCAGUAGCGGCGGUGGUUCACGUAUCUUUGGUGGAAGUCGAUCAUCAUCAUCGAGUGGAUCAUCGAGAAUCUUCAGUCGUAGUAGUAGUGGCAGUUCAUCAUCUGGCACUGGUUCUAGCAUUUUUUCUCGUUCAUCAGGUAGUAGUGGGCAUCGAGUACGUGAAGCUAUUCGAUCAGCUGUAGUAAGAUCACCAUCAUCACGCUCAGGAUCGGCAGUGUCAUCGAAUUCCGGUGGCCAACAUCGUGUUCGUGAAGCAGUACGAUCAAUAUUUCGGCAUUCCCCAUCAUCGAAACCUGGAGUUCCAUCUGUUUCUGGUGGAUUCUCAGGCACAAGUGGAAGUAAACCUGGUUUAAGUGAUAAAAUUCGACAGAUUACUCAUGGGGGUGGCCAUAGUGCAUUUGGUUCAGGAGUAGCAGGAAGUGGAUUUGGAGCAGGAGGUAGUGGUGGUAAUUCUUGGGUGCGUGCAGGAAAAACAUUUUUACCUCAUGCUGUACGCUUUGGCAAACGCUAUUAUCAACGAAGAAAGUAUAAUAAAGGUAUGUAUGCUGGCGCGGGCUAUUAUGCUGGUAGCAAUAUGAAUCGCAAUAAUUAUGGAAAUCAUUAUCAAACAUACGACUAUGGCUAUCCGCCUGUUGUUGAUGGUCCUCCUGAAAUAAUAGACGGCAAACCAACAAGUGUAUUUUAUUGUCUUCAAGAAGAUCUUAAUAUGACAUUAGUCAAUCAAACAUUGGAUGAUGAAGGUUUUGGCACAUGUAAUGUAUCAGGCUUAUUAGUAAAGUGUCCUAUUGAAAUUGAAUGUCAAACAAAUGAAGCCGAUAAUUGUUGUGAAGAUGAGCAAGGUACACCAUAUUGUUGCGGUGGUCCACUACCUGAAGAAUAUGCUUCGGCCUAUGGUGGUUAUGAAGACGAUGCAUAUGCUGGAGCGGAUAGUAUUAAUACAAUAUUGAAUAUCGUUACAGCAACGUCAAUACUUUUAGCUACUCUAUGUUUUACAAUAUGGCACCGACGAGGACAAUAA